AUCUGUGAUCAGCAAUGUCAUUUUCAUUUUGUCAUCUGUCAUUUUGUCAUCGUCGGUCGUAAAAUCUAAAAAUAAUAGAAAUUAUUUCAAAGUUUCUUAGAUUGACAAAAUCGUAGCAAUUUGAACAAAACUCCAACAAAAUGUCGGAUAUAAAAAUAGUUGCCGCAAGCAUUGUGAACUUCCUAAAGCGACAGCUAGAAGGCGACUCGCUCAGCGUGGACUCGCGCGAGAGCGUCGAGGUCGGCGUGCAGUGCAUCGAGACCGCCUUCGAGCUCAGUCCCGAAGACGCGGCGCGCGGCCUGGACCUGCUGCAGCUGGUGCGCGCCCAGACCCGCGCCGCGCCGCUCAACGCGCCGCCCACGCGCUCCGAGGCCGAGAAGCUCAAGAACGAGGGCAACGAGUUCAUGAAGAGCGACCGCCACCGCGAGGCGCUGGAGAAGUACACGCGCGCCAUCGAGCUCGACCCCUCCAACCCCGUGUACUUCUGCAACCGAGCCGCCGCGCACUUCAAGCUCGGCGAGAACGAGGCGGCCGUGGCGGACUGCACGGCGGCGCUGGGCCUGCAGCCCGACUACGGCAAGGCGCACAGCCGCCUGGGGCUGGCGCUCACGGCGCUGGAGCGGCACCGCGAGGCGCGGGCGGCGUACGCCCGCGCCGCGCAGCUGGAGCCCGACAACGAGUCGUACCGCCAGAACCUGCGCCUGGCCGACGAGCAGCUGGCCGCGCACGGCGAGCGCGCGCCGCUGGACCUGGGCGGCCUGCUGCAGAACCCCGCGCUGCUCAACAUGGCCACGGAGAUGCUGGCCGACCCCAACAUGCAGAACUUGAUCUCGGGCCUGAUGAGCGGCGGCGGCGGCGGCGGCGCGGCGGGCGCGGGCGGGCCGGCGGCCGCGGGCGGCAUGUCGGCGCUGCUGGAGGCGGGGCAGGCGCUGGCGCAGCACAUGCAGGCCGCCAACCCCGAGCUGGUGGAGCAGCUGCGGCGCCAAGUGCGUCCGCCCGGCCCCAGCCCGCCGCAGUGAGUCCGCGCCGCGCGCCCGCCAACUCCCAGCGGAUCUUUGUUUAAUCUUUUAAGAUGUAAUAUAAUUUUAUUUUAUUCAAACUUGCUGAUUUUCUGACCGUUAGUGGGGCUGAUUCAACUGACUUUUACUUAUAAUAUUCACAUAAGACACUACUUGUGCCUGUUACUUUUAUGAUAGUAGCUGAUGGGUCACUUGUUAAAUUAGUAGUCUUACCUGUCCACGCCAGUGUUGUUCCCAUAGAUGUAUAUUACAUGCUCAAUGGACACUUGACUAAUGUCACACAGAAUAUAAAGUCAGAUAUUGAGCAUGCAACACACAGACCACUGCUGGUUGAAGUUCUGUUUUUGUAUAUUUGUGAGAAUAUUUUGUAAUGGAGGUGGUAGCACUAAUUGCAUUUAUUUGUUGGCAGAUAUUAUGUAACCACACAGGACUCAUUGUAUCACUCUAUCCCUAGAUUAGACUUAAAUUGUAUAAAGUAUACUCCUGUUUGGAGUGUAAGGCGUAUAGACCAUGCUCGCAAGCAUGUCUUGUAAAAUAUAAUAUUUAAAUUAUGUGUGGAAUGUUAAACAAGGAAGAAACUUUAAGCAAAGUUUAUCUCUGUUUAACCCAAAUUAUUAAAGCUAAGGUUUCAAUUAUUGGUAUUGUUAAUAAAUUUAUUUAAAUAAUAUUGUGAAUAUUUUUGUAGAAAGUAUUUACAACACAACCUCUCGCGCAGGCAAUACUUCUUACUCCACGUUAGAGCUAUGCAUAGCUGUAGGUUUGUACAUACAUGCAUGUAAAAAGGCAUUAUGUGAGCACCAAGGCUUGCCACAUUUGUUCUUACUUCAAUUGACUAUCAUGCUCUGAGAGUAAACUGAAGACCACGGAGGAACUAGUACUUAACACUAGUUAAUUAAUAACUUAGCAUGGGGCUAACCGGCCGUGUGUGAAAAAGGUAUCCUGACAUUAUUUAUUUAUUUAUACUUUUGGUGGAAACAACUUGGCAUACUGUGAGAACUACUUUGUAUACCCGGAUAGAAAGUACCCUAUGGUUUAACUUCAUUAAAACUAGGCUUUAAUACAAACUGCUAGUAGACAGUAUUUUAACCUCCAAACGGGGUUUAUUUAUAAAGAUUCGUUACUGACUGUACCAACUCCACACCAUGUCAUCAUGUCCACCUUUUGUUGCCUCUCAUUUCAAAAACAAGAGUCGUACAACCUACCUGCCAACGUAUUAUUGGUUGAGUAGGAAGAAGGUAAUUGAGGACGAGGGUAGGUAGGCAGUAUUCACUUCACAGGAAUAAAGUAUAUGAAUAAAAUCCACCAAUUUGCCUUCUUAACUAUUUAUUACACUAUGUAUAAUUUAUAAUAGUAAUCAAUUUACAUAAUCUUUAUGUACAUACAAUAGCAAAAUGUAAAAACAGCGCGCGAGCCGCGGCCGCCGAGCUCGUGCCGUGUGACGUCACGCGGGCGUCGCGGCGCCAAGCGUCACGUCACGUCACGGGAGCGAGCCAGCGACGUGGGCUCGCUAAAUACAUUCCAAAACAUGUAAUCGAUAUAAAAUUCUGUAUUUACACAAUCCCCACACGAAGUGCCAGACGUAAGAUAUUGGUAUUCGACUAUACAAGUAGUAAUGCACCUCCCAUCGUUCUCUCUAACAGACCUACACGUCCAUCCACUGAUAAAGUGACGUACAAAGCUUUACACCUAAUUAUAUUAAAGCAAAGGCACCGUGGAUCAUCGAUAGUCCCAUAUCAUAUAAAUGCAGCACAUUUAGUGUAAAUGUAGCGAAAUGAUUUCAUUGAUUUGCUAAAGAAAAAU